GGUUCAGGGAUAACAUGUGACGUUAGCUACCGUUUGUUAAACCUGCGGAUAAAAUAGAGCUAGCUAUGUGUUGCUGUCUUAUUUAACGCAAUGUUCCGUUAACGUUUUACUGUUGACAGCAUCCACUCGAUGAGUAGUUGAUGAUAAAUUUGGGUCGACCAAUUAGCUACUAGGCAACAUUCGCUAGCUAGCCAGGUAGCAUUUUGGUACAGCGGUGGAGGCUAACUUGUCUAGCUAGCUAAUGCCGUUCGGUUUCGCCUUAAUCAAGUAUGGCUAAUAAUGAACUAUUCCGUAGACCUAGCUAUAUCAACGUAACUUUACGCUAUCCGUAGUUAACCGUUAUUAAGCUGCAAAUUUGUUAGCUUUUGGUCUUGAGAAAUAAUAAAAUUGCUAGGUACUAGCUAGCAAAAAUGUCUCCCUCGCUUGUUGCCUGUUUAGCUAGCGAUAAACAGUAGCUAGCUAGCCAGCUGCACAGUUGUCGGGGUAUGAACUAGCUAGUCUAGUUGAUUACGUUAGACUAACAGUAGUCUAGCUAGACUAGCUGCUUCGAUAACUUGUUACUGACCGACUGAAGCGUCACUUUUUUAAACAGAACCUGUUCGCUAGAUAGCCAGUUUAUAUUAUAAUGUCAGUUAACGCCAACUACAGUGACAUGUUUUCACUAUGACUAGCAUAGAACAAGCUGAAGUCCUCGCAGAAGGAUAAAGUGCGUCAGUUCAUGAUCUUCACACAAUCUAGUGAAAAGACUGCACUGAGCUGUUUGUCGCAAAAUGACUGGAAAUUAGACGUCGCAACAGACAAUUUUUUCCAAAAUCCCGAUUUGUACUUACAAAGUUUAAAGGGAGUGCUGGACAGAAAAAAGUUAGAACAGCUGUACAACAGAUAUAGAGAUCCCCAAGAUGAUAACAAGAUAGGGAUUGAUGGGAUCCAGCAGUUUUGUGAUGACUUAGGCCUAGACCCUGCCAGUAUAAGUGUGCUGCUCAUUGCCUGGAAGUUCCGAGCAGCAACACAGUGCGAGUUCUCCAAGCAGGAAUUCAUGGACGGAAUGGCCGAGCAAGGGUGUGACAGCAUAGAAAAACUAAAAGCACAGCUGCCAAAAAUGGAGCAAGAGUUAAAAGACCAAGGGAAAUUUAAGGACUUUUAUCAGUUUACAUUUAACUUUGCAAAGAAUCCUGGACAGAAAGGUUUAGAUUUAGAAAUGGCUAUUGCAUAUUGGAAUUUAGUACUUGCAGGAAGAUUCAAAUUCCUUGACCUGUGGAACAAAUUUUUGUUGGAACACCAUAAAAGAUCAAUACCAAAAGACACAUGGAACCUCCUGUUAGACUUUAGCACAAUGAUAACCGAUGACAUGUCCAAUUAUGAUGAAGAAGGGGCGUGGCCGGUUCUCAUUGACGACUUUGUGGAGUUCGCGCGACCUCAAGUCGGGACAAAAAGCACGACGGUCUAGCCCCUGCGAAAGCCCUCGGGAGGCGUGUACAUACUCUGUACAUAGAUCCAUCUAGACGGCAGUCAGGAGAACAGGACCGGACUACGGGGAAAUAAGUCCUGCCUUUUCAGCCCCACGAGCGAGCCUGAAAAGGGGAGAAAAAAAAAAGAGACAUUUUUAAAGGCAUAUCUCCUCGGUCAUCCAACGGUGUUCUGGGCUUCAGUCUGUAGAAUGGGCCAUUUUUUUUUAAUAUCACCCAGCCAGCUGAAGACACUCGUGGACCACCAUACCUAUUGUUCUUUAUACCAACGUUCCUUUGGUGUUUGUUCGACGUUCGUUUCGGCGUUUGUUUGCCGACGUCCGCAGCUUCUGUUACUCACACCGGAUUUUGGGUUCUCGAGUCCCCCAGGGCUGCGGGGAGUCGCGUUAUUUUUAUUUUUUUUUGUUCGUUUUUUUUUUUGAAUCCCCUCGUCAUUUGGAUAGGGACUUUACGUGCCACUUGUUCAGGGUGUGACUGAUUCUAAAAUGGAGGCAAGUGUGUAACCUGCUGGACUCUGGGCCCCCCUCCUCCUGGGCUGGAGUCGCCCGUCCCGUCAUUUCCUUAAGCACAGCCGCGUGUUUCGAAAACAAGGUCCCGUUAAUGAAUGUCGCGUACGGUAAUUUCCUUUCAGUACUCUAAGUGCAUUCUGGAGUUGGGUUUUUUUUUUUUCCCCCAUGUUUUUUUUUUUAAGAAAAUAUAUAAAAUAUUUAAGUGAUAGAACAUUGAUUGUACCAUUUUUAUUUUGAGCAAACAUCAUCGGAGUAAAUCCAUGGUUUGUGUAGGUAAUGCUUUAAUUUGGCGUAUCUGAAAUGGCAGUGUAUCGUCACCCUACUGUAGUUAUUUUUGUGUGCUUGUGUGAAUCUUAGGCCCAGGUUCAGUAUAACCACAGUGUACUCUGUGCUUAACUUUGAGCAAUGAAUUUAAGCAAAUUUCAUGAGUGUUAACUUAAGAAGCUGCGGAAUCCAUAAUGUAUUAAGUGAUAAAAAAAAAAAAAAUCCAUUGUAAAAUUUGUUACUCAGUCAAGUACAGAGAGCACUGUGGUUGGGUAUAAUCAGGCCUAAGAGUUUCUGUCAAAGCCUUUAUGUAACUAAACCUAGAAUCAUGUGUUUUAACAUUACUUGAUAUGUACAAAAGAGAAUUAUGAAUUUGUACCUUUUAGAAUAUUAAUUUUUGCAAACAACAAUAGGUAAAUACUGUUUUGAUACAGCACCCGCUGCUAAAUGCUAUUAAACUGCAGUUUGUUGCACAGUGAAUUGACAAUUCCACCUGCUGAAUCGAUAUAGUAUUGUGAAGAUCACUCUUGGAUACGAUGGACAUUCUCUUCAGUAUAAGCAGAGUAGGCUCGGUUGAAGCUCGAAGGCCUGGGUGCUUAAAUGAAAUACCUGAGAUCUUUGUGUAUGACAGGAAGGCAAAUCACUUCAGUUAUCUUUUUUUAAAUUGUUUUUCAAGUUUUAAGAAAGACAAAUAAAACUGUCAAAUAA